AAUCCCAUUUCCGUCUGGAGCGAGCUUCCCCUGCUUUAUCUCAAUCUCAGUCCACUGAGCUGAGUUCGUCAUCCAUUUGCAACUCAUUCUCAUCUGCUCAGUCCGCGAGUUUUUGGACCUGCUGGUCUUCUUCAAUGGCGACCGCUGGUACUCUCCUCUUCGCCCCUCCGCUUCCCUCCCUCGCAGCCCGGCGCGAGCUCCCCGUCGCUCCUCCCUCUCACUCUCGCAUCCCCAGCACUCGCCGUCCGACCGUUGGUUCCCGCCAAAGACGCGAGCUUUCGGCGCAUCCUGGCGUCAGCUCCAUGGGUUCGAUGGCGAGGGCGGAAUCAUCGGCGAAUAGCAGAGAGCCCAUGACUCCUCCUUACAAUGUCCUCAUCACUGGUUCCACCAAAGGGAUAGGUUAUGCGCUGGCCAAGGAGUUCCUCAAAGCAGGAGACAACGUCCUAAUCUGUUCGAGAUCAGUGGAGAGAGUGGAAUCUGCUGUUCAGGACCUUAGAAAAGAAUUCGGGGAGCAGCAUGUGUUUGGUACAAAAUGUGAUGUCCGUGAAGGUCAGGAGGUGAAGAGUUUGGUAGGGUAUGCACAAGAGAAACUGAAAUACAUCGACAUAUGGAUCAACAAUGCUGGAUCAAAUGCGUAUAGCUACAAAGCACUAGCAGAAUCUUCAGAUGAAGAUCUUUUAGAAGUAGUUACAACAAAUUCUCUUGGGUUGAUGCUUUGCUGUCGUGAGGCAAUUAAGAUGAUGCUGAGCCAGCCUAGAGGGGGUCAUAUUUUCAACAUGGAUGGAGCUGGUGCAGAUGGAAGACCAACUCCCAGGUUUGCUGCAUAUGGGGCCACUAAGCGCAGUGUGGUGCAUUUAACAAAAUCAUUACAGGCAGAGCUGCAGAUGCAAGAUGUGAAAAAUGUUUUAGUCCAUAAUUUGUCGCCAGGAAUGGUCACAACUGACCUUCUCAUGUGUGGCGCCACCACAAACCAGGCGAAAUUCUUUAUCAAUGUCCUGGCAGAACCAGCUGAAGUGGUUGCCAAGUAUCUUGUUCCAAGUAUCAGAUCAGUUCCGACCAACGGAACACAGAAACCCACUUACAUCCGGUUUCUUACGGGGAUCAAAGCGUACACCCAGAUAUUCUCAAGAAUUGCUUUUGGUGCUCGAAGAAAUAGAUACGUCGUCGAAGAUUGAAGAGCAUCUGAGGCAGAAUCUGCCAUUGAUCUCCUGAAGUAAAAUUCAAGAUUUGUUUGUAAAUUCAUUUUGGUUGUUGCUUGUUUCAUUCUUCAAUGGAGAUCUGUUUGCUUGAAUAGUAUAUGUAGAUUGAGCUCAUAGAAUUCCCGUUUCUCUUUUCGAGUGCUCCGGAUAGUGAAUUCUGAGUUCCAUUUGUUUGUUUUAUUUUCUGGAGCAUUAUUAGCAUGCAAAAACAUAGGUGGGCUUACUUCUUUCUUGGAAAA